CGAAUCGUCUGGAGAGUAUAUGAACACAAAAGUAAAAGUCUUAAAUAACUAAAAUGAGAAACUUAUUGCUGCAAAAGUUAUCUGAGGAAGGUGAUUGGAGUCAGGUAUUUAAGCUUUUGGGCGUUAAUCCGGAUGGAGUCUUUCAAUUGCGUGAAAUUCAAGCACCAGCCAUGAAUAGUAGUUGGAUUGAAUUUGGUUGGCUGCGUAAACACCUCGUUACUAUGAGCAUAUUAGAAACUGUUUUGCAUUUAAUUUUAAUUUGCGAUCGGAUUUUGUUUUUCGUAUUUAUAUUUUAUUUAUUUUUAUUUCUAUAUAAGUUAUUAUGUUAUAAAUUUCUCUGCUCGAGAACGGAUCUCACAAAUUGAAAACACCGAAAAUUGCUAUCGCGUCAAUUUGAAAUAACUAAUCAAUUGUGUAAAUGCAGGAUUGAGAGCGAUUUCUUUUUUCGUAAUUUUUAAUAUUAAAUACGUGGUUGAAUUGUCGAGAGAGGGAGAGAGAGAGAGAAAGAGAUAUUGAAAUAAAAAACAUGUACUUCAUUUUGAAGGUUUUCACUAAGUGCAUCCGGGUGUACAGUUUACUUCCUAAAUAACGAUUUAAACAUUAUUUAGUGCUGUCUGAUUAUCAGGUUAGAGCUUAUCUCAGUAGCACGAUAGCAUCAUCGAGACGAUGGUUUAUUCCCAUUUUUUUCACGGAUUUUAUUUUAUUAUUACUUGCUUACGUUUUUAUAUUGUGUGUAGAUAUCUAAGAGAAAGCAUUGCCGUAUUUUUCGGACUAUAAGACGAUAAGUGCUAAAUGCAGCUGCACCUAGCGACUGCGCCGGACCUAAUAAACUCUUGUACUAAAUGUAUUGCAGGGUAUAAGGAAGAGAUAUUAAACAACCAAUAGCGAAAUUUACUAUGAAGGAGCACUUACUUCUUACUUCUAAUUUUCAAAAUUGCAUUAGUUACGCUACUUAACACUGAAUUAAUUAGUUAUUUUAGCAUUUUUAUCAGCGGGCGUAAAAUUAGUGCUUGUAAUGUGCUUGUUCAGGUUUGAGUCACUUGUUAUCAAAUAACGUCUUCCGAAGCAGAAGUGGCAAUUAUUCAAUAUCAAUUUUGCGCUAACACAAACAUCUUAGUUUAUAAACACCAUAAAUGGAGUUGUAAAAAAGGAAGCAGUAAUCAUUCAGCGCGAAAUCUAAAAAAGAUUAAUUCGAAUACUUCCAAGCAAGACUACAUUUGCGGUGACGAACGAGUUCAUGAACAUUUUUUAUUGUAAUACAUUACGUCAACUAAAUCGAUAUGAAAUUUUUUGAUUCCAUCCAAGACUUCUUUAAAUAUUUCAAACCCAUCUACGGAUUCAUUGAAAUAUGUAACAAAUGUGCGCGUAUUGUGAGAAAGCUACAGCUGCGGACGCAGUCGCAAUAGGAGUAGAAACAGAAAUAGAAGGAUACUCGUCUAGCCCUAGAUUCUCGUGAUAGAGGUGAACAUAGAUGACAUUUUUUAGUUUCGCCGCACCAGAGUCUUAAUUUCGGGUGUUCCCUUCCAUACUCAUCUAUCGCUAA